AUAAGGCAAAAUUCUCCUCGAUCCCCAUCUAAAUAUUUCCAAUUAGUCCUUGUAUUCUCCAAAAAGCAAAAUACCCGCUUCCUUCUUCUUCCCCUUUUCUACUCUUUUCAAACUGGGCAACAUGAAAGCGUGACUGUCCCUGGCUUCUUUUCUUUCUAACCCCCGACAUGGAUAAAAGCAGUGGCGGAGACAAGUACAACAUUGAAACCGCGGAAAUCUUGGCAAACGAGGCUCAGCAUUUGCCUGUUGCGGAGGCCACGCCCAUAUACGAGCAGCUUCUGCUAUUGUUUCCAACUGCUGCCAAGUUUUGGAGGCAAUAUGUGGAGGCAUAUAUGGCUACAAAUAAUGAUGAUGCUACAAAACAGAUUUUUAGUCGGUGUUUGUUGCAUUGUCUUCAGAUUCCUCUAUGGAGGUGCUACAUUCGUUUCAUUAGAAAGGUCAAUGACAAGAAGGGCAUGGAGGGUCAGGAAGAGACCAGAAAAGCUUUUGAUUUUAUGCUUAACUGUGUUGGAGCAGACAUAGCAUCUGGUCCUGUGUGGAUGGAGUACAUAGCCUUUCUAAAAUCAUUGCCGGCUAUAAAUGGUCAAGAAGAGUCACACCGGAUGACUACUGUGAGGAAAGUCUAUCAGAAGGCUAUUGUUACUCCAACUCAUCACAUUGAACAACUUUGGAAGGACUAUGAAAACUUUGAAAAUUCUGUUAGUCGUCAGUUGGCUAAAGGACUAAUAUCUGAAUAUCAACCCAAAUAUAAUAGUGCUAGGGCAGUUUAUCGGGAGAGGAAGAAGUAUGUUGAUGAAAUUGAUUGGAAUAUGCUUGCUGUACCACCAAGUGGAUCCUACAAGGAAGAAAUGCAGUGGAUUGCAUGGAAGAGGCUUUUAUCUUUUGAAAAAGGAAAUCCACAGAGAAUAGAUACUGCCUCCUCCAACAAACGAAUUAUAUUUACUUAUGAGCAGUGUUUGAUGUAUAUGUACCAUUAUCCUGACAUAUGGUAUGACUAUGCUACAUGGCAUGCAACAAGUGGUUCCAUAGAUGCUGCAAUCAAAGUAUUUCAAAGGGCUUUGAAGGCUCUCCCUGAUUCAGAAAUGCUGCGAUAUGCUUGUGCAGAGCUUGAGGAGUCUCGUGGAGCAAUUCAGGCUGCAAAGAAAAUAUAUGAAAGCCUUUUGGGAGAUGGUGUCAAUGCAACCUCACUUUCUCAUAUUCAGUUCAUGCGUUUUCUUAGAAGGACUGAAGGUGUUGAAGCUGCUAGGAAGUACUUUCUAGAUGCACGAAAAUCCCCAACCUGUACUUAUCAUGUUUAUGUUGCUUAUGCUACAAUGGCAUUUUGUCUUGACAAAGAUCCAAAGAUGGCUCAUAAUGUUUUUGAAGCUGGACUAAAGCGCUUUAUGCAUGAACCUUUUUAUAUUCUCGAAUAUGCUGAUUUCUUGAUACGAAUGAAUGAUGACCAAAAUAUACGAGCUUUAUUUGAGAGGGCGUUAAGUUCACUUCCACCAGAAGAGUCAGUUGAGGUCUGGAAAAAGUUCACCCAGUUUGAGCAAACCUAUGGGGAUCUUGCGAGCAUGCUGAAGGUUGAGCAAAGAAGGAAAGAAGCACUUUCUGGAGCUGAAGAUGGAACAACAUUAGAGAGUUCCCUGCAAGACAUUGUAUCACGGUACAGUUUCAUGGAUUUGUGGCCGUGCUCUUCUAAUGAUCUUGAUCAUUUAACUCGGCAAGAGUGGCUUACCAAAAAUAUCAAUAAGAAAGUGGAGAAGUAUAUUUUGGCUAAUGGGACGAUUGUUACAGAUAAAACAUCUAUGGCAAACAUUUCAACUACAUCCCCAAAGAUCGUUUAUCCCGAUACUUCAAAGAUGGUGAUCUAUGAUCCAAAGCAUACACUUGGGAUUCCUAUAAAUAAGACAACAAGCUUUGGUGGUGGUCGUGGCAACAGUAGAGACCGUUCCGAUGACGAGAAUGGUGGAAGCUCCGACAACGGCUUCGUGAAAAGUCCAGCAAUUGCUUGAGCAAAGGAUUGGUAGUGGCUCUACCAUGCGGCAGAUGGGGCACGACAACGAAGCCCAGCAAUUGCUUGAGCAAAGGUUUGGUAGUGGCUCUACCAUGCGGCAGAUGGGGCACGACAACAGUUAAAGGAAAUGGGUGCACUUCAGGCAACCCUAAAAAGAACUAUAUCUAAGACGACAAAGAAAAAAAUGCACUAACUUGAGAGGAUUUUAUUCAAAAUCGAUUCAUUUGAAAUACUACAUUAACCUCAAUAUAUAGAGAUCUUUGACCUUAAAGUAAUAAUUACAAAGAGAUCUCUAGAACCUUCUAAUAGCUUCUAGCAAUUUCUAACAACUUCUAGUAGAACACUUUGUUAGAUAUUGUUUUAUAUUGUUAAAAUAUUGUUAGAUAUUGUUACUCUUUUUAGUUGUAUCUCUCUCUAUUAUAAAUAGAUUACCCUAUUUGUGAUUUAUACACAAGGGAGAUUAAUCUCAAUCCCUAUUUUCUCUAUAUUCAACACACUUAAUAUCCUACUAACAUCACUUUAGAUUUCUCUUUCAUCAGGAAAAUCCUUGUCACAUGAGUGCAAUCAUGAAUAAAGUGACAGACCAUUUAGUGCUAGAUGUACUAGAAUUUGAUGGACAUCCUCGUACAUCAGAAUGAAGCAAUUAAAGAGAACAUUACAAGGAGAAUAUGUGGCACGAUGAAACUAACAUACAUCACACUUGAAUAACUCAACAAUCUCUUUCGAAAAUAAAGGAAACACAGACUUAAGAAUGUAAAAUGACAUAUGUCCUAUAUGACAAUGGAGAAAUGAAAUGAC